CCCUACAUUUCCGGUUGUGUAGUAGCCAAUCAGGAGUCACAUCCUGGAGCAACGCACUGUAACUGUAGUGUGUGGCUCGGAACCGGACGGCUAGUCGGCUAACCCACCGACAGAAGGCUAAAAACAAAACACCGUAUAUUUGUUAGGUUUCCCUGUUUGUUCGCUCUGAACAUCACCCGGGUAACCGCCUCACAUCGCAGCAGCACACUGCACCAUGGUAGGCGUUAAAGUGAUCGGGAGCGACCCGGACUUCCAGCCGGAGCUAGCCGCUGCCGGCUCCAGGCUCGCCGUGGUGAAGUUCACAAUGGCCGGGUGCCGGCCAUGCAUCAGAAUAGCUCCAGCUUUCAACACGUUGAGUAACAAAUACCCACAGGUCGUCUUCCUCGAAGUAGAUGUUCACGUCUGUCAGGCAACGGCUGCAGCCAACAACAUCUCAGCGACACCAACGUUCCUGUUCUUCAGGAACCGGGUGCGGGUCGAUCAGUACCAAGGGGCAGACGCUGCAGGUCUGGAGGAGAAGAUCAAACAGCACACAGAGAACGACCCUGGAAAUAGCGAGGACUCUGACAUUCCUAAGGGAUAUAUGGACCUCAUGCCUUUUGUGAACAAAGCCGGUUGCGAGUGCCUCAACGAGAGCGACGACUGCGGCUUCGACAACUGUUUGAUCAAAGACUCGUCCUACCUGGAGUCUGACUGCGAUGAACAGUUCUUGAUAACGAUCGCCUUCAAUCAGCCUGUGAAGCUCUUCUCUAUGAAACUACUGUCCUCAGACUUUGCCCAAGCCCCUAAGGUGGUGAAGGUGUUUAUCAAUCUCCCUCGGUCGAUGGGGUUCGACGACGCAGAGCGGAGCGAAGCCACUCAGACUCUGGAGCUGUCUGAGGAAGAUUACAAAGAAGACGGUUUGAUUCCUCUGCGCUAUGUCAAGUUUCAGAACGUACAGAGUGUUACAUUGUUCAUUAAGUCAAACCAAGGAGGCGAGGAGACGACAAAAAUCAACUACCUGACAUUCAUAGGCACUCCGGUGCAGGCCACUAACAUGAACGAUUUCAAAAGGGUCGUAGGGAAGAAAGGCGAGAGUCACUGAGCAGGAGAACAAAGGGGAGGAUGAGGAGGAGGCUGAAGAUGCAUCCAAGGACUUUCCCCCUCUCUGCCAAAGCUGUCACACACAUGAUGCUCACAUACAAACACACACAAACACACAGGGCCUCCAACUGUCCUCCUCGAGCUCUGAAUGAAUGCUCCACCUGUGGAGUCUAUAAAUCAUUUGUAUUUUAAUUCUGAUGGAACCUCUGUAAAUAAAACACGAUCCUUUUUCAAAGGCA